GAAAGAUCGAAAACAUCCACUGCCCGAGUGCCAUUUGUUCUUCGCUCCAAGUUCAUUUUUCCUUCACCAGAGCGUUACAAUGGCCGGCAAGAAAGCCCAGAAAUCCUCUCCUGCCAAGAUGCCUAAGGACAAGAAGACGACCCCUCCUGCUCCCCUUGUCGCGGCGAUCUCCUCGUUCCUGUCCGAGCAUGGCCUGUCGAAGUCCCACGAGGCUCUCGUCAAAGAGCUGAGCAGCAAGUCCAUCAGUGCCGACACCAAGAACGUGCCUUCUUUGUUGGAGCUUUUCAAGACUUGGGAGCAGUCCCAAUCCUCGGAGUCCGGCAGCUCGGAUGACUCUAGCUCGUCCUCUUCGGACAGUGACAGCAGCUCCGAUGAUUCUAGCGACUCCGACGUCGAGAUGGAUGACGCUCCGAAGACGCAGAAGAAGCAGUCUAGAAGCUCUUCGCCUUCAUCUUCCUCUUCCUCGUCCGACUCCGACAGCGAUGCCGAUGACGAGAAGGAGGAAGAAGCUGCCGCUGCUCCUGCCGCUAAGCCCCAGGGCACCAAGCGCAAGGCCGAGUCUAGCUCCUCCGAAUCUGAGUCCGAGUCCGAAUCGGAGGAGGCUCCCAAGUCCAAGAAGACCAAAUUGUCUUCUGCCGAGGCUUCAUCUUCCUCCGAUUCCGAGUCCGACUCUUCUGACUCUGAUUCCUCUUCCUCCGAGUCUUCCAGCGAAGACGAGAGCUCUUCCGACUCAAGCUCCGAGUCUGAGUCGGAGUCCGACUCUGGUUCCUCCAGCGACGAGGAGGAGGCCAAGCCCGUGAAGGAAACCAAGGCCGCCUCGACUUCCAGCUCCUCUUCUUCCGACUCUGAUUCCUCUUCUUCCUCCGACUCCGACUCCUCUUCCGAGGAUGAGAGCGGAAAGGCCACUCCCUCGAGCUCCGAGAGCAGCGAAACCGUCGAGAACUCCGAGUCUGACAGCAAGAAGGCCGCAUCCGCUGUGACCGUGCGAGAGACUACCUCCUCGAGUGCCAGCUCUGCUCCUGAUAACGGCUUCCCCAAGAAGAAGCACACCGGUGCCCGCCCCACGCCCCUGGCUCUCCUCAGUGAACAGCCCUACGACCACCACCCCUCGAACGAUUACAUCCCCUACGCCUACGCCGAAAAGGCCUGGCAAGAUCUGUCCGUCACCCGGGGCAAAGGCUUCACCAAGGAGAAGAACAAGAAAAAGCGCGGAUCUUACCGUGGUGGCCCCAUCGACAUCUCCGGCGGCAAGUCCUUCAAGUUCGAUGACUAGAUGCGUUUUCGCGUUGUAGUUGUCAAAAUACCCCCUGCCAUUCACUUUUUGACGCUCUCGCUUUCCGUGCUGGGGGCUUGUGUUGGGACUUUUCUAGCUUGUCAUGUACGCUACGGCAACAGAAGCAGCUGAACUGGCCGACCAUAAACCCAGGGAGCAAGAAAAAGUCAUUCACUGUCACAUUAUUAGAUGAUCAGAUCUAGAUGCAUCCUUUAGAUCUCGGGGUCCCUCAAAAAUGUUUGC